AUGACAACUGAUGGUAAUACUAAAGCACGAAUUACAAAUUCAAUUCUUGGUGAUAUGACAGAAAUUGCAUAUCUUUUAGAAAUGGAAUCUUUAUUAGAAAAAAUUGAUAAAUUUAUUUUAAUUUCAAUUACACAAAAUGAACAAUUCCUGGUGCAUACAUUAGCAAUGAUUAGUAUGCAAUUAUUAUUGGAUACAACAUUAGGACGAAAAGUUAUUGAUAUUGCUGUUAGCAAAUUUCAAAUUAUUCGAAAGAUGUCAUCAUUUAAUGAUGUCCCACUUGAUGCUAUGCUUCGUAUUUUGGAUCGAUGUGAUUUAAAUAUAAGCAGUGAAUUUGAUGUAGUAGAAACAGCUAUUUCAUGGUUAGCUGCUAAACCGGAACGUAUUCACUUUUCUCAUCUAAUCUUACGUUGCAUACGUGUUGUUAAUUUGACGUCUAAUCAACGUUCUGAUCUUUUUACGCUUACAAAAACUGUGCCUAAUUAUGCACAAAUAAUGUCAGCAUUUGCUCAUUACACGUUUAAUAAUACAAAUGCUUAUCGUGUAUGUGUAUUAGCUGAACAUAAUUCAUACAAACGUUGUGGUAAUAAAAUUGAUUAUCAACAAUUUGUUAUUAAUGUACCAAGUCGAAAGAUUGUAUAUCGGAGAAAAGCACCACCAAUUAAAGCAUCUUAUAUUACAGCUAAACCAAAAGUAUCACCAUCAAAAACAAUAGAUGAUAAAAAAAGUGAAAUAAUUAGUGAAGGUAAAGAUAUGAAACGUUCGAUAUUUAGUAUUUCACAAAAACGACGUACGACACGUGCUGAACGUGGACAAAAGCGUAAUAUAAUGCCAACAGAAUUAGCAAAAGAAAAAAAGGAUAUUGUAAUUAAGAAUGAAAAAAAUGAAAAGAAAGCAUCAAAAGAUGGAAAUGAUAAAACAAAAGGUAGCAAAAAUAAACAAUCACGAAGACAACGUAAAACAGCUGGUAGUUCACCUGAAAGUGAAGAGUCAAGUAAUACGAGAAGUGUUACAACUAGUAGUGAUAAGAGUAGUGAUUAUAGUGGUGAAACAGAUCAAAGCUCAUCGAUAACAUCAACAAUUACUGAUAAGUCAGAAUUACAGAAUAAAUGGAACAGUUGA